AUGCGUGCCUGGAAAGGCCGUCAUGCGAACGCGCAGCCCUUGGGUCAGGAAGGAGGCUUCAACGGGCUGUUUCUCGUCGACCUGAUUGUCUGUGGAAUCCUGGCCCUCUUCUUCAUCUUCUACUUCAAUCGCACCGUUUCGACAAUCAUAUCCUAUGCGAUUCGUGCCUGGACCUGGCAUAAAUAUCGCGCCUAUAUCGACAUCACUUCGUUCCAGAUCUCGCCAUUAGGAGGUCGCCUUUUCUUCAAGUCCAUUCGCUAUCAUGGCCAGAAUCAGACCGUCUUUGUCCAUGAUGGCCACAUCACCUGGCGGUACUGGUUGCGACAAGUCCAAGACCCUCUGAUCGUGCAGAAACUCCACCAACGCCACAAUGCAGCCGAAAGUGAUCACGCCAGCUCAGAUGGUUCGCAUGAGAAGACCAGACCUAGGAGUAAGAGCAUGGGAAAGGCCGAAGCUGCUGGUGGGGAUCGCCAAAAGAAUCUCCCUUGUCGUAUCCUCGUCAAAGUCUCCGGUGUCGAGGCCUUCCUGUACAACCAGAGUCCGGUUUACGACAACAUCAUCAACAACCUCCAGAACAAGGCGCGCACAAAAGACCCAAGCUAUCCAAGCGCCAACGUAUCUAGCGAUGAGACUACAAAGGAGGUGCCUUCUGCAGAUGAUCUCAAUCGUCAAGACACCCCGAGUAGCAAUGGCGAGUCUCUCCUGGCCGAAACUGCAAGCAGGACCACAACUAGGACCACAACUCACGAAAGUGCCAUUCCAGCCUUCUUGAGAAUAUUCCCCAUUCAGAUUGAGUGCAAGAAGGCCGCUGCUGCUGUCGGUAAUGACUUCUCUCAAAGCAUACUCACCGCCAAGUUGGAAAACGCGAGUGGCAGGAUCGACGCAGAUGAGUCUGGUGCUUUGGAUCUUUACAAGCUCUUGUUCAAUUUCGACUUUCACGAUAUUAACGUAGCACUUAAGCCGAACACGGACUAUCAGAUGUCUCAGAUGCAGGCAGCUGCACGUCUGGACAAGGAUGAAGAUCCCAAAGCAAAGAAAGGUCGCGGUCUCUUCGGCUUGCAUCCGAUUCGUAGGAUGGGUAAGAUCUCGCGCGCCAUAGCGCAUGCCCUCAAGUGGUUGUUCACAUGGCAUCGCAGUUCUAAACGCUCGAUCAGGACCGCGUCGCUUCUUAGCGAUGAUGAGAUUCUCGAUAAUGACUCUUCGAAGCUGCCUGGCGAAGCGCAGUGGCAAGGUUUGGCUCGUUACCUGGAUGAAACAGGAAACGAGCACAAUGAGUGGGACGAUGUUGAAUACGCCAGGUUCUCAAAUGUCGCAGACGUGAAGAAGGCGAGCAUGACCUUUUACUGGGACGUUCCUGGAAAAGUCUCACAAUCACAAAUCACUGGUCAAUCAGGCCUGUUCGACGAAAUGAAUGGUCCCGUUGCACCAGAAUAUGGCUUAAACCUAUCAGUCGAUGGUGCCACAGUCCAUUACGGUCCGUGGGCUGAUAGGCAACGAAUGACAUUACAGAAUAUCUUCUUUCCUACCUCGUACCACGACGCUGUUCCUGCACAGCGUCUCGCUGUCGACCAAAACAGAGUUGCGACCGUGUUCAAGCUGUUCUUUUGCUUGGAGAGCGAGAUCACUCUUCGUAUUCCCACACGAGAGGCAUCCAAAGAUUGGAAGUGGCAGGGUCGCGCUGAAGGACACCGCACGCAAAAGACAACUGACGCUGGUGUACGCAAGCGACGUGGUAAAGGAACUAAAAAGUGGUUCAAAAAGGAACCGCAGACCACAGGCGCCGACAUUCGUCCAUUUGGCUGGAUGGAUGUCAAAGUCGCUGCUGAUACCACUAUCAAUUACGCAAUGGACAUGUACGCUCGUCAGGAUGGUUACCAUAAUUCCCUGAGCCUGGACGUGAAGGGCACCGAGAUAUCUUCCAGUGUCAACCACGCUAUGUUGUGGAAGGCAGGCAAUCUGCUGCUGGAAGGAGACCUCUCAAAUCCUCUGCGAUGGAACGCCCUCCGUAAAUGGGUCUUCAAGAUCCAUUGUGAUGGUCUUGAUCUUUACAUUUUGCGUGAUCAUUUGUUUCUGUUAACCGACUUGAUCGCUGAUUGGGGCAUGGGUCCGCCUCCGGAUUUCUACACUUUCGUCCCAUUCGUGUAUUCCUUGGACAUCAACUUCAAAAACUUCAAGCUUUUCCUCAACGCAAACGAUGCCAACAUUGUCAAUGACCCUUCGGAUCUAGAGGACAAUAACUUCUUAGUUCUGGAUGGUGAGAAGCUUCACGCUACAUUGGAAAUACCUCUCGACCAGUACAGGCCGGCCCAGAAUAGUAUCAAGUUCGAUGUACUUGCCAAAGACUUGUCACUUGACAUCAGUAACCCUCCGCGCAUCACUUUGCACAGUCUCUUACGACAGAAGCGACUUGCGACAUUGAAGAAAUUGACUCUGGGUGGAAGUCAUACCUUCUUCGUGGAACAAUCGCCAGGCUUGACCGAUAUGCUGCAAAUGGACAUUUGCGGAACCGACUUGAAUCUUCAAGCUUUUGGGUAUCUGGUACGCAUGUUUGUGAAUGUCAAAGAAAAUUAUUUCGGAGAGUUCUUGCAUUUCAAAACACUAGAGGAAUAUCAGAAUGCUGGAUCAGAUGCCGCCAAUGCGGAGAUCAACAUGGUCGGUAGGUUCGCAUUCAGACCUGCCAAUGAUUUAGACGUGGUACUAUGCAUUACUGCUGAGCAUCCUGUCAUUCUGCUGCCUGCAAAUCUCUACUCAGCGGAGACCUAUAUCAAGGUCGAGUUGCCUAUCGCUUCGAUGGACCUCCGCGUCGCCAAUUAUUACCUCGAUCUUGCAGUGGACGUCAGCCCAGUCUCGGUUUCUUGGUCUGGUAUGCUCAAUGACGAGGAUACUUUUGAUGAUUCUUCGCCGCAAAUCAUACUUGAUAGCGCGAUGGUCACAGGCCAUCGGCUCUUCGGACUGCCUCCUACAGAACCUGCCUAUGUUUCAAACUGGGAUGUCAGCCUCGGCAACGUUUCGGGUGAGUGCUCUCUUGACUUCAUGAAACAUCUAGCCAAAGCCGGACGAGCUGUGGCUUUUGCACUUGACGAUUUUGAAAACGCCUUGCCCCUGGCACAGACUGCGGAGAUUCCGGAAGCUGUUUUUCUGCGCCUCAAGACAGGUUCCAUAUGUCUCUGGCUCAACGAAGGCAAGUCUGCAAUACGACUCUGUUCGGACCCUAUUACACUCAAUCAGAACGACCGAGCUGACAGUCUCUUCUCUUCUCGUCUACAUCUUCACAUCCCAAAUAUCACCGCAACAUGCGUUGAAUCAGACUCUAUGGCUCAUCGAGGAUCUCGCGCUGACGUGAAACCUGCGAGCUGCAUUGCAUACCUUCAAACCAGCCUUGAUAUGACCAUGGUUCAAAGAAAAGCACACUUCAGUGCCGAGCGCGAAAAGCAACAAGAUCACAUACGGAGACAAGAUGCCAGGACUAGCAGAGCUAGAUUCCUGAUAACGGACUACGGAGAUCAAGCUGGACAGAACCAACUCGAAGCACACACGGACGGAGGAAACACUUUCACUGACACACCUUCUAUGAGGCUGCCCAAUUUACCCGAUCCGCUUCGUAGAGGACCGCCAGAAUUAGAAUUUGCGGCCGAUGGCUCAAUCGAGUCGUCGAUCAGCUCAAGCUCUUCUGUCAAUCCCAUCCCUACUCAGAAAGCUCUUCCAGAAGGAGAUUUAGAUGAUGUGCAACAGGCUCGUCCUUCAAUGUAUUAUUCAAAAUCGGAAACUGCCCAGCCUUUGGGUACUGUGGGUUUGUGGAGUCCGUUUUCUGUACCAGACCCUCAAAGUCUCGAUGUCGACGCCGACCUGAGCAAAGUGCCGCAGUUCUCAACGAUAGUAGAUGAAGCGGAUGACCUUUCAGAAACUUCGUCGCAGAGCGAUUGGAGUAUCAACCUAGACCCAGAUGGAAAUCUAGACCAACAAACAUUCUUGAUCCGUAUGAUUCCAGGUAUACGGAUCUAUGUUGAACCACGCAUCAGCGAGACCAUUGUGAACAUUGUCACAGCUCUUCAGCCAACACGGUCGGAAGAUGUGAUUGACACUUUCCAGAUGGAUGUAAUGGGAAGAGUGCAACAAGUCCAAGACCAAAAAAAGAGCCGUCGUGGCAUCACUGAGCUGAAUCUGGUGGUGCCUAGCAUCGAUGCUAAGCUGUUCAACGACCAGAAGCUUGACACAAGUCGAACCACAGCCGUGCCGGUACAAGAUCAAUUAGACGUUGGCUUGAGUCACCUCAAUAUGACGCUUCGGACGAAACCUAUUCCGGACACCGAGACUGGGUCUGCUGUGACAAUGCACUUGACUCUAGACUCGGCGCUUGCCAAAUUUUCGAAUCCCUUGGAGAAGAUCACAAAGUCCGAUUACGCCAUUCGACUUGGUUUUGACGAUGUUCUAAUCUGGAUGGUUUUGUCAAAGUCCAAGUCAGUACAUGUCUCGUUCAAAGAUCUACUCGGUGUCAUCUCAGGCAAUCAAGCGGACUAUCUGGCGUCUGUGUUCUCUAGAUAUGCGGCUAUUGGCACAAAGAUCCAGAAGCAAGCCGAUGCAGUUGAGAUUGGCGCUAAAGCGAGACUGAGAAAUCUGACCGACUAUCUUACUGAGCACGCGGACGUGUCUACUGACCCACCAUACCUUUCGCGUAUGACCUACGUUCUCCGCGCGUUCCCAGACCACUUCCGCAACCAAGAGUCAUGGAAAAUUGUUGCUCGAUUUCGACACAUCUACGAGUGUCUCUCGGACGAAAGUCGUGUUGCAUUGGAGCAACAGCUUUCGGACGGUACCGACUCUCUCAAGAAGACGUCUUCUAUUCUCGAAACUUGGGCGGCGUGGUGCAGCUGGGAUAUACCAAAUGUGGAGCAGACUCAAGUCUUCAAACUUUUGCUUGGUGAUAUCGAAGCUAAGAUUCCGGAAGAAGACAUCGAGCCACUCGACCUAACCUUACGUGCUGGGGUCGUACGUAUUGCUGUCGAGUCAGAGAAAUCGUCUAGCGAGGUUUCUCUGGGCACUCUCUCCAUCGGUGUUACGGUCAUACCUCCUAGCUUACCAUCCGGGCUCAUGCUAGUGGAGGAGAAUCUAAGAUCUAAAACUGUCUUCCAAGCCCACACUGCAGCGUCAGUGCUUCGACUCAACUGGGAUAUUCUGGAACAAGCGGAUGCUUUCAUCGACAUUUACUUUGAGCAAGUCAGUCAUACGCUAGACACUUUACCAGAGCCAGUAGAGAAACAAGCACUGGACGAGCUCUCCUUCAGACAAGAUUUCCACGUGGUUUUGUCUACCGACGAAGGUAGUAUUGAGCUAAAAACGGUCAACCUGAGACAUGUGUCCACAUGCAACAACCUCAAGAUGUCAUUGAUCGGAUCUGACAAAGCCUCUCAAGACUAUGGUGAAUGCAUCAGUCUGCUCAUCUCAGCCAGGAAGGCUUUUACCGAACUGCACGGUCCAGAGCAGAGAAUUUGGAGGACCGAUCUAGUAUCGCCAAGCAUAUACAUCGACGUGAAAAAGACGAUUCGAGAGUACACAACCGCGGUGAAUGUCGGAGGCUCAUAUGAACAACUGCAUAUCUCACUCGAGCAGGAGACAUUAGGACUGCUCGAAGUUGUUGAUCAAUUGCUGGUCGAUGAAGUGGCUUAUAUCCAGCGCUUUCAAAAACAUGUUCAAAAAGAGCAAGAGAAAAGCGUCGCCACCAAAGGCCCGCCCAAGCCAGAGCGCGAAUUGAAACUGAAUGUGGCUUUCUUGGCUGGCUCAUUCUCGUUGAAUGUCGCGUUGCUCAAAGCACUAAAUCUGUCAGUACGAGGCGAUACAGCGAAUCUUCGCGUCCGCCCUAUGUCAGGAUCGAACCCUGCCUGGUCUAUUGAGCUCCAUCUGGGGACUAUGGAGCAAGCUCUUAUCCGCAAGGAGGACGGAUCAAAGAGACAGAGGGCAGUUUUUAACACCCCUCCCGCUAGCAGCACUCUCAAUCUUGAAUUUACGGAGGAAAAAGUCAACAUCAAUUUCACUGGAAUCAUGGAAGAAGUACUUUUGGAAGCCUCCGCUGUUCAGAGUGUCUUAACAAUUAUGAACAGGCCCGAGGUGCAGGACGUCCUAGAGGCAAUCAGAGAUCAAGUGUCAGAUCUGCGCCAGAGAGUUACAAAGACUUUAGCAAAGGACGAAAAGCCGGCCAAAGCUGUGGCUGAACAAAGUCGAGUUAUUAUCUAUGAUGUGAAUACGACUUUAGCUGGCUUCAAGAUUGUGGCUCUCGCUCCUGUGCUAACGGCCGGCAAGGCUCGUGCGGAGUUGACCCUGGGUGUCGGAGCUGUACAAGCAGCUGUGACAAACAAGACUCGUCAAGCGAGUGACGCUUUCCCCGACAUUCACGGUAAGAUCCAGGACAUCGGCGCUGUCCUGACACUUAUCGAGGACGGGAAGCGUCGUCCCUGUGGUCAUGUCACUGUCAGUGUCGCAGUGGAUUGUUGCACACAAGAACCUGUGUCUGGACCAAUCACAAGAGAUAUCAAAGCACGUAGUGAGUCUUUCGAUGUGUUCCUCUACGCUGACACGGCCUCAACUAUUGUGGACAUUGUAACACAUGUUCACCGUAAGAUCUUGGAUCUCGAUCUUUCCAGAGAAGUGGAGUACCUCAGAAGAUUGCGACACUCCCGAGACAAGCGACGAAAAUAUCUGCCUCCACCUGCUCCGGGCUCGAUCAAAGAAGAAGAAGAAGAGUCUGUGACCGAAGUGCCAUCCACGAGACCUGCUCUACUCGACUUUUCUCUUGAUCUGCGCAAGAUUCGCAUCAUCUGGGUCGUCAUCCGAAACCGAUCCACUGCGGGUGAUCAAAAGCCACAAGAUCUGGAAGUCUCGUUCUCACGCAUACAUCUCGCUAUACAGAGACAGAACGAAGCUCGCUUGUCUAUUCAAGAUCUUCAAGUUCAGGUCGUUCCUAAACAUCACAAAGCCUUUGAGAGAUCUGAAAACUCAGCUCUGCUACCUGAAGUCGUUUUCACGGUCAGGUACGAAAGUGGCAAGGAUGGUGUUCGAAUCGCGUGUCAAGCUGCAGGUCAAGCUCUCGAUAUACGCCUGGACUCAAAGUUUGUCGUCCCUGUCAGCAUGUUGCAGAAAUCAAUCUCUGCUGCUGUUGAUCAAUACCGCGCCGCGAAGUUGAGCUGGCAGACCGAUACGACUCCAAUGGACAGUAAAUCAACGCCACGAGCUAGUCCGUUCGGUGAUAAGCGUCUGGCUUCAGUCCAGGCUGACGUCAACUUCAAGGGCGCUUUGUUCUACAUCCAGGGUGAUGCGCCGACUCAGUCCAGCACUCCCCUUCGCCCAGCACAUGUCGAUCUACCUUACAAACGUAAUCGUGCCAACAGCCACGCUUCGCAGGAUAAUAUCGCAACGUCGCUUAGAGCCCCAGGCAUCGCUAUCAAAGUAGAAUACUCGAAUCUGCCAGACAAAGAGCAGAUACUGAAUGGUGAGAUUAAGGUUGACGGUUCGAGCAAUACGGUUUAUCCCGAGCUAGUGCCUAUCAUCCUUCAGAUCACGCACGGCAUCAAAGAGGUUGUGAGACACGGUGAAGAAGAGCGCAAGACCCCAUCUACUCCCAAGAUCGCCGAGGAACAAGCCCUGAAGCUUCAAAGACUUCAGGAAGACGACUCCUUACUUACCACUGAUCCAAGUCAAUUCAUAGGUCAGAUGAAACUUAAUCUGGGACUGCGUAUCUGCAAACAAGAAUUUGGUCUGAGUUGCCAACCUCUUGCUCGUGUCAAUGCAAAGGCGCAGAUUGAGGACAUCUACAUCACCAUGAGCACUAUCAACUCGCAUCAUUUUGGACACUUCUUUGCUUUGUCAGCCACAGUGACCAAGCUCGGUGCUUCCGUACAACAUGUGUAUUCCCGCGAGUCAACGUUCAGCUUCGACAUGGAGUCCAUUUCCAUGUCGCUCAUGAACAGCAGACACUUGACUGGCGGCUCCAGCGGUGUGUCAAUGGUACUCAAGGUUUCUCCCACCAGGACUGCGUUGAAUGUCCGCCAGAUUCAAGAUCUGCUCUUGUUCCGUGAGAUUUGGUUCCCACCAGAGCUACGAGACACGAGUGCAAUGUCAGCCGAGCCUUCGCAUCAGGAGCCUGACAAGAUGGUCGUGCAGAGGUAUCAGCAAGUCAGUGCCGCUGCAGCGUUCCCCUGGAAUGCCACUGUCACUGUCGCUGAGCUCGCCGUUGACCUCGAUCUGGGACAAAGUAUUGGCAAAUCCUCAUUGUGUAUCAAGAACCUCUGGGCGUCAUCAAAGAAGUCUUCGACCUGGAAGCAAGACCUCUGUAUAGGUGUGGAUGAGGUCAGCAUCAAUAGUACUGGUCGCAUGAGCGGCUUUGUGGAAUUGAGCGACGUGUCUGUGCGAACCUCAAUCGAGUGGCCAAGUGCUGAUCGACAAGUGCACAAGGCUCCUCUGAUUCAAGCUGCGAUUGGCUUUGGCAAGAUUUCGGCUAAGAGCGCUUUGGAUUAUCAGCCAUUCGCAUUCGCAGAUAUUGAGGCUUUCAAUUUCCUCAUGUAUAAUGUGAGAGACGGUCCGCACGCUCCUGAUCGCUUGAAAGCUAUUCUUGAGGGUGAGAAGGUGUACGUCUUCUGUACUGCAACUAGUCCAGCUCAAGCUGUAGGUCUGUACCAGGCUUUCGACCGUCUAGUCCAAGAAAAGCAGACAGCAUAUAGGCAAUCAAUGGUCGACCUGGACAAGCAGUUGAGGCGACGUUCAGUAGCACAGAUACAACCGGAGCCCAAAUCAGGACCUCCACCGCAUGCACUAAUAAGAAGACAUACGACCGAGAGAAGCAAGAGCAAGUUCCCAAUCACGCUUCACACUGAUGUCAUGGUCAUGCUGAAGUCUGUCUGCUUCGGUGCAUUCCCGAGUACCUUCUUUGACAACCAAAUCUUGAAGAUGGAGGCAUCCGAAAUUCAAGCACGCUUUGCCGUAGGAUUGGAAGAUGAACGCGUCCACAGUAACCUCGGCAUGACUCUAGGUCAGCUGCAAGUGGCGCUUGCUCAAGUCAAACGAGUCGGAGUACCCAAGACACUUGGAGACGUCUCUAUCGAUGAUGUAAUAAGCAGUGCUACAGGAGCUAAAGGCGGUAUCAUCCUUCGGGUACCCAAGGUCAUUGCCUCGAUGCAAACAUGGCAGCAGCCUCAAGACAACAACAUCGAUUUCAUCUUCAAGAGCUUGUUCGAAGGUAAGGUUGAUGUCGGCUGGAACUACUCACGCAUCAGCUUCAUCCGAGGCAUGUGGGAAACACACUCUCGCAGCCUUGCGUCCAGGCUAGGCAAACCACUUCCCGAAUCCGCAGUCAAGAUCAGAGCCGACGAACCCGAGAACAAGCUGUUGACGAAGGACCACAUUACCAUGACUGACGGUAGCAGUGAACAGCAGCAAGGCAAGAUUACUGCUGUUGUGAAUAUGCCACAAUCGAGAUUUGAAUACACGGCGCUUGAGCCUCCCAUCAUUGAGACACCGCAGCUGAGGGAUAUGGGUGAAGCAACUCCACCGCUCGAGUGGAUUGGUUUGCACAGAGAGAGGCUGCCUAAUGUCACGCAUCAAGUCGUGAUCGUCACGCUUUUGGAAGUCGCAAAGGAGGUCGAGGACGCCUACGAGAGAAUUUUGGGAUCAUCCUGA